GAAGUGAAGGGCGAGGGCGGCCGGCUGAGGUGAGGAGACGCCAUGAAGCGCGACGUCCGUAUCCUCCUGUUGGGCGACGCCCAGGUGGGGAAGACCUCCCUCAUCAUGGCCCUGGUGGGAGAGGAGUUCCCGGAGGAGGUUCCCCCGAGGGCGGAGGAGAUCACCAUUCCGGCCGACGUCACCCCCGAGAAGGUGCCCACGCACAUUGUGGACUACUCAGAGGCUGAGCAGACCGAGGAGGAGCUACAGGACGAGAUCCUAAAGGCGAACGUGGUGUGCGUGGUUUACGACGUCUCCGAGGAGACCACCAUAGACAAGAUCCGGACCAGGUGGAUUCCGCUGGUGAACGGGGGAAUGGAGAAAGGACCCAGAACUCCCAUCAUCCUGGUGGGCAACAAGUCUGACCUACGCUCCGGGAGCUCCAUGGAAGCCAUCCUGCCCAUCAUGAACCAGUUCUCCGAGAUCGAGACCUGCGUGGAGUGCUCGGCCAAGAACCUGAAGAACAUCUCGGAGCUGUUCUACUACGCGCAGAAGGCCGUCCUGCACCCCACGGCUCCUCUGUACGAUCCGGAGGAGAAGCGGCUCAGGCCUUCGUGCGCCAAGGCGCUCACCCGCAUCUUCCGCCUCUCGGACCAAGACAACAACCAGGUGCUCAGUGACGACGAGCUCAACUUCUUCCAGAAAUCCUGCUUCGGAAACCCGCUGGCCCCCCAAGCCCUGGAGGACGUGAAGAUGGUGGUGUCUAAGAACACGGCAGGCGGUGUCCAAAGCGACGGGCUGACCUUGGACGGCUUCCUGUUCCUAAACACCCUCUUCAUCCAGCGGGGCCGCCACGAGACCACCUGGACCGUCCUCCGCCGCUUCGGCUACAACGACGAGCUGGAGCUGACGCAGGAAUACCUGUCCCCACCGAUCCGCGUGCCCCCCGGCUCCACCACGGAGCUCAGCCACUUUGGCUACCAGUUCCUGCAGAGGGUGUUCGAGAAGCACGACCAGGAUCAGGAUGGAGCCCUGUCCCCCUCCGAGCUGGACAGCUUCUUCAGCGUGUUCCCCUCGGAGCCCUGGGGCCCCGGGCUGCGGCGCACGGUAUGCACCAAUGCUAAAGGCCUGCUUUCCCUGCAUGGAUUCCUCUGCCAGUGGACGCUGGUCGCCUACCUCAACGUCCACCGCUGCCUGGAGCACCUGGGCUACCUGGCUUACCCCAUCCUGGCCCAGCAGGACUCCCAACUGCACGCCGUCGCAGUGACCCGGGAGAAGAGAAUCGACUUGGAGAAGGGGCAGACCCAGCGCAGCGUCUUCCUGUGCAAGGUCUUCGGCUCCCGGGGCGCGGGCAAGUCGGCCUUCCUGCAGGCGUUCCUCGGGCGGAGCUUGGCGGCCCCACGGGAGCCGCCGGGAGAGCAGACCCCCUACGCCAUCAAUACCGUGCAAGUCAGCGGCCAGGAGAAGUAUUUAAUUCUGUGCGAGGUCGACCCGGAAGCGGAGAUGGCCGGCGCCACGUGUGACGUGGCCUGCUUGAUGUACGACGUGAGCGACCCCGGCUCUUUCCACUACUGCACCCGGGUCUACAAGCAGCACUACCUGGACGGCCAGACUCCCUGCCUCCUGGUCGCCACCAAGGCCGACCUGGCCGAGGGGGCCCCGCCCAGGGGACCCUCCCCCGCCGACUUCUGUGCCAAAUACCGGCUCCCGCCACCCGUCUUCUUCACCUGCAGCGGCCCGGGCACCCCCUCGCCCGCCAUCUACACCCGCCUGGCCACCCUGGCCACCUUCCCACACCUGAGCGCCACGGAGCGGCGUUCGGCCUCUUUCUGGCUGCGGCUCACAGCGGGCACCGCGGUGGCCGUGCUGGUCGCCGUCGCCCUAUUCCGGACCCUGGGGCGGAACCAGUAGGACUGGGCCCCCCGCAGGCACCGCCGUACCCCGCUGGACUCCGCACCCCCUCGCCCCAGCCCUCCCGCGGACCCCACCCGCCCCCGGCCCCGGGAGCAAACCACAGCCCGGGCCGUGCCCGGGGGGCGGCAGCAGCGACUCGCCGUCGGGGCCGCUCGGGAUUUGAGGUGGAUUUUUGACCCGCUGGCUGGACCCCGCCGCCCCCCGCCAGGCCUGGUGCUUGGGCGGCGGAGGGUCCGGAACCAGCGCAGCUCUCGGGCCUGCGGCCGCCCUCAGGCUGACCCUCCUCCCGGGGUCACCCAAGCACGUGU